GAACGCAGCCGCCCUGCGCUCUCCUCCUCCUCCUCCUCUCUGUUCCUCUGGCUCCCGGAUUCCUGAAGUUAUUAGGAGAAAUAAGGUAGCCGAGGGGACCCCAUGGAAGUUGUGACAGCUCCCGGCGGCGCGCCCCUUUCGCGUGCGCCGGGACUCGGCUUAGGACUUGCCCGCUGUCUCGUUGAAUGAAGGAGGGCCCCUGCCCGCCAGCCUGCCGGGAUGGGCCACUGCUGCUGCAAACCUUAUAACUGCCUUCAGUGCCUGGACAAGACGAAUGAAAGUGCCCUUGUGAAGGAAAAAGAGCUGUCAAUCGAACUUGCAAACAUCAGGGAUGAAAUUGCCUUCCAUACAGUCAGGUGUGAGAAGCUGCAGAAGGAGAAGGAGGAGCUGGAACGGGGCUUCGAGGACGAGGUGAGGAGGCUGGGCUGGCAGCAGCUGGCCGAGCUCCAGGAACUGGAGGAGCGGCUGCAGCUGCAGUUCGAGGCGGAGACGGCACGCCUGCAGGACGAGCACCGCGACCAGCUGCUGCGGACUCAGUGUCAGCACCAGGAGCAGGUGGACGAUCUCACCGCCAGCCAUGAAGCUGCUCUCCUGGACAUGGAGAACACCCACACGGUCGCCAUCACGGUCCUGCAGGACGCCCAUGACCACAAAGUCCAAGAACUGAUGUCCACCCACGAGCUUGAAAAGAAAGAGUUGGAAGAAAAUUUUGAAAAACUGCGGCUGUCACUACAGGACCAGGUGGAUACACUGACCUUCCAGAGCCAGUCUCUGCGGGAUAGAGCCCGUCGCUUCGAAGAGGCUUUGAGGAAAAACACAGAGGAGCAGCUGGAGAUUGCAUUGGCUCCCUAUCAGCACCUGGAAGAAGACAUGAAGAGUCUGAAGCAGGUCUUAGAGAUGAAAAAUCAGCAGAUCCACCAACAGGAAAAGAAGAUUAUUGAGCUGGAAAAGUUGGCAGAAAAGAACAUUAUCUUGGAAGAAAAGAUUCAAGUUCUCCAACAGCAGAAUGAAGACCUCAAAGCGAGGAUUGACCAGAACACGGUUGUCACCAGACAACUGUCGGAGGAAAAUGCCAAUCUCCAGGAAUACGUUGAGAAGGAGACGCAGGAGAAGAAGAGAUUGAGUCGAACCAACGAAGAGCUGCUUUGGAAGCUCCAAACGGGGGACCCUACCAGCCCCGUCAAACUCUCCCCCACAUCCCCCGUGUACCGCGGCUCCUCCUCGGGACCUUCAUCCCCGGCCAGAGUCAGCACGACACCCAGAUGACGCCGCCAUGCAGCCCCCGGGAGCCCCGGCUUCUCGUCCUCCGAGCGUGCCCACCCCGGGGGGUCCUGCCCAGGGGGCCGCCGGAGCUGGCCCUGCGCGCAUGCCCAGUAGCUGCACCCUAGGCCGUGUCCUCCUCUGACCCCCGUGUAAGACUGUCUCGGUGUCGGCAUUUAGGGACGCGUAAUCGGUAGAGUCUGGUGUGCUAAAAGUUUUACCCUAGUUAGAGCCAAAAGAGAGACACUUCCAAUUGUCCUUGAGCGAUGAACUCCCACUGCAGAAUUUCAGGUUAGUUACAAAUAGCUCCGUUUUCAAUAUACAUUGAAUAACCAUUGUGUACUGCACCGAGAUGUGUGUAUAUUUAGAUACACGCAUAUACACAUUCGGCGA